AUGGGGUCCCUCCACUCCUACUUGCGCCUUCACCCCCACAAGCCAGACGGUUUCAUUGACAUUGACAUCGCCAGAGCCCGCAUGCGCGGCCACAGAACCGCCCUAUCCAAUCUGGAACACCUGCAAGAACGCAUUCACGUUCAUUGGCACCGUGAUAUUCGCGCUGGCGCUACUGCUCGGUUAUAUUAUGCUUAG